CACCAAACCCAUCAUGGCAGUAACUGAAACAAAAGGGGAGUAAACUGUUUUUCUUGACUCCUUGAUAUGGUUUGAGUCAUAACGGCCCCCCCAAGGGAAACGGACACUAAAAUAUGGCCCACGACAAAAAUGAGUUUGACACCCCUGAUUUAGACGUUCACCCCUGUGGCGCCACUAAAGACUUGAAUAACGGUGGAACAAUGAAAUUGGGCCGGUGCUCAAUAAAAAACAAAAAACAAAAAAAAAAACAAAAGCAAGAUACUAUAGUCGCAGCCAGGAGUUGAAUGCUGCAAUCAUCGUAAUUAUUGAAUUUGUGAAACACCGGCAGCAGGUCCUCUUCCUCUUUUGGUGGCAGGAAAUGUGCUGUGAAGUUGUCCUCCUAGACUCUUAUGACGCUCCGUCAAAACGACUCGUCAUCUCCUUCAUGACGCUUGACAUCAUUGCGGGCAAAUUUUCUUUCUUAUAAGGAGGUUUAAUCCCAAAUUCACACCUCACGAAUUUUUUUUUUUUUCUUCCCUGCCGGACGUUUACGCUUUCGGGGAACAGGGCUGAGCGGACUCAGACAAUGUCACUCAGCUUCCCCAUUUAUACGCGCGGCGAUAAGAUUGUCACAAGCGUGCAGGAAGCUCACGAAGCAGACGCGUCUGUUGGGACUUCAGGAUGGGGAACGUAAUGCGCGGCAUGAGCGCCUGGAACAAACCUGACGGCAUCGAUAGCAGCAGUCUUGGGAAAGACCCAGAGGAAGACAUGGUGGUUGUGCUCGCCGACUACCCACCUCCUGACGUCAGCGAGCCCAUCUUCAGGAUCGGAGAGAAGCUUGGCAUUGUCGCUCAGCAGGGGUACUGGUGGAAGGUCCGUUCGCUCCAGACAGGAAAAGAAAACUACAUCCCUGGGAUCCAUGUGGGCAAAGUGUAUCACGGGUGGCUUUUCGAAGGGGUGACGAGACAGAAGGCAGAGGAGCUUCUGCUUCUACCCGGGAACAGGGUCGGCUCAUUCCUGGUACGGGAGAGCUCCACAGAGCAGGGGGCGUACGUGCUGUCCAUAAAGCACAGCGUGAUACGGCACUAUCGUAUAUGCCGACUGGACAACAGCUGGUACUACAUCUCCCCUGGCCUUACCUUCCAGUGCCUGGAAGAUAUGAUCAACCACUACUCUGAGUUUGCGGACGGCCUGUGCUGCGUGUUGACGUCACCGAGUCAGUCGAACCGAACAGCGCCACCGACAGCGGUUCCGUCGGUUGUUAUGAGACGCCACGUCGACGGGAAGAAGAAAGACAGGCCACAAGUGACCAGCAUGGGUGGCCAAAAUGACAACAUGCUGAGUUAUGGUGUCCGGAGCAGCAUUGCUGCCUAUCUGUCCUUCUCCGAGUGUGAAGAAGCCCAAAGCAUGAGGCAGGAAAGCAGGCAGAAGAAGAGCAAAUCCUUUUAUGUGCUCCCCGAAAAUUAACCCUUUCAUGCCCGCCCCCUGUAACCUGCUAAUAUGAUAAGCUCUCCGCUGUAGUAACCACUGUCCCUGAAAGGGUUAAAACUUUUUGCUGGCCUUAGGAGACUUUCAUAUAGGUGAUGGAUCACUUUAUCCACUGGUCGAAAGAGUCACACUGGACUGGGGAAAUUUCUGUUGUUUCCACAAUCACGUUCUUUUUUUUUUUUCUCUCUCUCUCUCUUUCCCAUGAUGACUGCAACGACUGGAGAUGUCGUUUAUUUAAAUUUCCUCACAAACAUC